CGCAAUAUGUAAUGCUGCUACACAUCAGCCAUCUUGAUCAGCUCUUCACUCCGUAGCGCUCGCUCGGCACCACUCACCAUGGAUACAGCGGCCCAAUUUGAAGCGUGCAAAGCUGCGGCAAGUAACUAUCGCUCGCAGUUACAGACUGCCACGACCAAGGAUGAGGCGCUCACGUCUGCGAUUGGUGUCGCUGAAAAUCUCAUGAAGGCGCUCAAGCUGUCCUCAAGUGUAGAGGAGAAGAAACAGCUAAAGGCGCAAUGCGCUGUCAUUAUGGAUGUUGCAGAUCGCAUCAAAAAUGCGAAAGAGUGGACUCCAUUAACCAAGCGGCAACCUGAGAAAACUAAGCACGAGCAAAUUGGUCAAUGGGCAGUGAACGUUGCAAAUACAGCUCAGUCUGCCGUUACCUCUGAAGACGCGACUUCCCAGUCAAACUCCUCCUAUCGCGGUCUCUCUUCAACUACUUUGCCCGUAGAACACGUUUUUGAAGUGUCGGGUAAAUCAUCAGCAUCUUCGGCCUUCCUUGCUCAACGCGAACGCGCCAAUGCAUCAAAACAGCCAAAGAACGAUACCCCUGACGGGUCUGCGUUGCUCACCGAUCUCUCCCACCAACAGUCACCCUCUUCGUACAAUGGCAUAUCGAGUCCGCCUGCUAACAUCCGUGACCAAACUGGAACCCAGAUUACGGGCGAGCAUACAUUUAUCACUAGAACACCGCCUAUUACAUCACCCGAAGCACUCCCAUCACUAGCAGCUACAGCAUCUGGCUUGAGACAGGGCCGAUUUGACGAGCAAGCAGCACCUAAACCUCCUUCGACUACUUCAUACUCUCAUGUUCGUAAGCUGGCAGAGCCCAUCUCGUCCCGCAAACGUUCUAAGAAGGAGGAUAUCAUCCUGCUGAAGGCAUCAGUGGUCAAUGGCUUCAAGUGUCCGCCUUGGGACAAGAACCCGUCACCAAAUGAGUUCGCGCUACAAGAAGGAGUUAAACUGUAUACCGACACACGAGAACUCAGUCUGUCACCGUACCAGCAGCAGUACUUUCAGGGCUGGAUGCGUGCCCAGGAUGCGAUACCGCCACCUUCGAUGUUUCCAGAGGGCAGAGUUGGGAUAGGGCCACUAAUGUCUAGCUCACGCUCGAUCGACCUCGUACAGGACGCAGCGGCAGACUGCUCGGUGGUAGCGAGCCUAUGCGCCGGAACUGCUCGAGCGGAGCGUGGUCAUGAUCAGAUGCUUCCAAACAAACUAUAUCCUUUUGACAAACAGCUUGGAAAGCCUGUAACUUCGCCUAAUGGGAAAUACAUCGUGCGACUCAAUUUCAACGGCUGCUGGAGAAAAGUCGUGAUUGACGAUAGGUUGCCUGUGUCUAGCACGCAUCGGCUGCUCCAUGUGUUUGAUCGUCGCAAUCCGGCAUUACUAUGGCCCGUGCUACUCGAGAAAGCGUACCUCAAGGUCCGUGGAGGUUACGACUUUCCUGGCAGCAAUUCGUGUAGUGAUUUAUGGACAUUUACAGGCUGGAUACCGGAGCAGAUAUUCUUACAGGAGACGGAUACGGUCCCUACCCAAUUGUGGGACCGCAUGUACAGGGCUUUUCUCUACGGCGACGUCCUUGUUACUGCUGGUACCGGCAAGAUGUCCACUAAGCAGGAGCGUGAAUUCGGUCUUGAAGGCCAGCACAGUUACGUUGUGUUAGAUAUGAGAGAGACAGAUCACGACCGCCUUUUACUCGUCAAGAAUCCAUGGGUGGAGGGCAAGGGGUGGCGUGGACCACGUCCAGCUGCAGUAUCCGUUCUCGGUUCGUCCACAAGUAGCGGGGACUCCAAGAAUAGUCUGGAAACCUAUCAUCGAGACAGCGUACCGACUCAAAAUCGCCCGCAUCCUGCCACAUUCUGGAUCGGACUUGAGCAGGUCAUACAACACUUUGAGAGCCUGUACCUAAACUGGAACCCUGGCUUGUUUCGAUAUCGACAGGACAUCCAGUUUGAGUGGACAGUGAAUACUCAACAGUCACUUGGUGGGUGCAUUGUCAAUCACCCACAGUUUGCGUUUUCUUCAAAACGCGCCGAUCUCGUUUGGUUUUUACUGAGCCGUCAUUUCCGGGACGCACCCGCAGAUACCAAAGACGCUUCCGAUGCUUUCAACGAUGGGAGCGUUCGCGCUGAUUCUCAAAUGAACUCGUCGGGGGAGUCACCAAAAGGAUACAUGAGCGUGUAUGUGUGUAACGGAAACGGCGAACGCCUAUACAUCAAAGACACCUACCUAGAGUCCAGCGAUUAUGUGACGACUCCACAGUGUCUCCUCCGGUGGGACAUUGAUGCAAACUCAACCCACACGGUUGUGAUUGACCAGGACAAUCUACCUCCGUCAUCAUAUACCUUCUCCUUGUCGGCAUUCUCGAACUCGCCCAUCACACUGGAACCAGCCAUGCAGAAGUAUCCGUUGCAAAAGGUUGAGAAGGGAGCUUGGACACGACAAUCAGCUGGUGGAAGCACUAGCUCCUCGAGAUAUUUCGAGAAUCCGCAAUAUACACUCGAGGUUCGCGAGCGCGGUUCACUUGCAAUCUUACUUACCAGCACGAACCACGAACACCCGCUACAUGUCAAGCUUGCGCUCGGGCACGGCAAGAGACUGUCUCGACUUCAGAAUCGCGACGUCAUGGUGGACUCUGGUGAUCAUCGCAGCGGCUGUGCGUUUGCGGAGAUGAAGGAUCUUCAGCCAGGCCUGUAUACGAUCAUUUGCUCGCUGUUUGAGGCUGGGCAAACUGGCGAUUAUACACUCAGGAUCGACAGCACCAAUGAGAUAGGGUUGAAACAGAUUCCUCGCGACGGAGCAGGGCUGUUAUCGAUGAAGCUGAACUCGGCUUGCUUUGGGCCCAACAUACACAAAAUCGCUGCGCCACUUGUUCCUCACCGUUUAGCCUCAUACACGAUCAUUGCCAGAUUCUCAAAGGCAACAAGCCCUCGCUCAGCGGACCUGGGGAUGCUCGCUCGUAGUCCAUUACGGCUUAGCGUAGAACUGGGACGGGGCCCAGAGCGGAAAUUCGUGAUUGCCAGUGAGCGUGGAGAAUAUGCCGACUCGGCAACGGUUCGGUCCGAGAGUGUGAAUAUAGAACCCGGAUUGGGAGGUGAUCUUUGGCUUGUUCUUGACAGAUUGUCAGGACCUGGUGGCCCCGUGGAGGAGUGGUAUGACGUGGAGAUGUACCUGGAUACGCCUCAAGCAUGUACAGUUGGUGUUUGGCGGAAUUGGGAUGACUAGUUUAGACGACAGGCUCAUGAUUCAGCGUUUGCAUCUCAGGUGGGACGGCGUUUUGGCAGGUGGCGCGACGAUCACAAUGGGUAUGAGGCGGGGGUUUUGUAUCCGGGAUUCUUGUACGUAGAUAGCUAUUCCAGGAAGAUGACUCUAGCCACAGGUAGGGGUCGCGUUUCUUGUAUGAAGCAGCAUGGAGCAGCAGGUAUGCUAUGACAUCAAUCCAUCUUGUACCGACUC